AUGCCAUCUCAAGCCAUGGGCCUUUGGAAAAUACUUUGUUUGUUAAUCUUCCUGGAGAAAAGUUGGGGACAGGAACAAACAUAUAUCAUUUCAGCACCGAAAAUAUUCUAUGUUGGAACAUCUGAAAAUAUUACAAUUCAAGCUUAUGGGUACACUGAGGCAUUCAAUGUGACAGUUUUUAUAAAAAGUUAUCCUGAUAAAAACUUAAGUUACUUUUUAGGCUUUAUUAAUUUAUCCCCAGAAAAUAAGUUCCAAAACUCUUCAAUGUUGACAAUACAACCCAGACAAUUGUCUGGAGGACAAAGCUCAGUUCCAUAUGUGUACUUGGAAGUUGUAUCAAAGCAUUUUUCAGUAUCAGAACAAGUGCCGGUAACCUAUGACAAUGGCUCUCUCUUCAUCCACACAAACAGGACCGUGACUAUGCCUCACCAGGCAGAUAAAACCUACAGAGUGGCUCUCAGACCAUCACUAAUUUUGGAACAGAAAAUACGUGAACAUGCUGCUAAAUACAAACACCCAGUGUUGAAGAAAUGUUGUUAUGAUGGAGCUAAUUUCAAUUUGCACGAAACUUGUGAGGAGCGAGUGGUGCGAGUUAAAAUCGGCCCACGCUGUGUCAGAGCUUUCAACGAAUGCUGCACCAUGGCGGCCGAGAUCAGAGGCGACUCUACUCAUAAACCUUAUCAGGUGGGAAGGCAUGUGCCUGACACUACCAACAGAAGAUUUGAAUACCAGGAGGAAAAAACCCUGAUGACAUGA